AUGCCCCGCCCAACCCAAACCAUAACCCUCCCCAUCCACCCCCUCCCCCCAGGCGCGGUUCUUCUCCCGGGAGUAAUCCAACGAAUCUCCGUCUCCUCCCUCCGCCCCGACGUCGCCUCCCUCCUCGCAGCAGUCUACACCCGCGCCGCGGCCGCCUCCACCUCGUCCAGCAAAUCCGGCCCCAGCGGAAGAAUAGACACCAUCCCCAUCGCCUGCCUCCCCCUGGCCUCCCCGCUGAUCAACUACAAGGGUCAACAGCUCCUCCUCCAGAAAGAAGACUCUCCAUCUACACCACCCCCGAAAAUCGACCCCUCCAAAGCCACCAAGAACGACCUCUUCCCCUACGGCGUCGACGCCAAAAUCACGGGUAUCGAAGGUCGUGGAACGGGGGAGUUUACCCUCCUAGUCGAGGGCAUCUGCCGCGUAAAGCUAGAAAAAGCCUGGACCAACACCGAAAGAGGCUUUCUCGAGGGCAGGGUAAUCGACCUCGUCGAUGAUGCAACCGAGCUUGAAAAGGGCGGGGUGGUGCUCCAGGAAUUGUUUAACCACCUCAAAAUGCUGAGUCGGGAGUUGGUUGCGAUUCUUAGGUUGACUGCCAUGUUGCCGAGAUCUGGUCAGCAGGGUUUGUCGCCUUUGUUGGCUAGGAGACUGGAUCUCUUUAUUACACGGCAGAAGCAGCCGGGGGCGUUGGCGGACUUUAUGGCGAAUAUUGUGGAGGCUAGUUAUGAGGAGAAGUUGAUGGUGCUGGCGGCGGUGGAGGUAAAGGUGAGGGUGCAGAGGGUGAUUGAUUUGUUGGAUAGGCAGGUGAAUGGGUUGAAAAAGGGGGAAUAA